GGAAAUUUAAUACAAUAUAAUUAUGAAAUUCUCACUCAAUAUGUCUCAUUUAAGUAAACGAAUGUUAGGCUGAUCUCAACUAUCAUAAUAAUCCCGGACUUAAUACGGGUUGAAAGAAGUACUACCACGUGGUUUUAGAUGUGAGUGUAAUCUAUGAUAAUUAACAAAUGCAUUUAUUUGACAUGCAAAGGAAAGGAAAGUCAAUUUCGGUAAAAUUAUGAUUGAACAUAUGUCUGGCAAUGAUAAUCAAUUUAAAAAUGCUCACUGAUGUAUUAUUAUUACCGACUCCGAAAUAUUGUCAACGGGUAGAGAACCCUAAUAAUAAGUACGUAAAUUUUCUAGUGUUUACUUUUAAAUAUCUAUAAAUCAACUUCAUGCAGUAGGACUUUUACUCGUGUAUUGGAAUAACUUUAGCCGACAACGCUACUACUUGUUUACAUGUGUAGAUUCUUAACGUAAGUAAGACCAAAUUACCGUAUUCGUUCUGUGUAUUUUUCCCUGCGGUCUGGAGACCGCAGGGUAUUGGUACGCGUUUAACUUUUGAGGCAUGGAGGAGCACGUGACCUGUUUUCGGUACAUGAAGGAGCAUGUGAUCUCUAAACCGUACAUGAUUUGUUAAUUGACCUUUUCGGAAACCUGGAUAAAUACCGUUUGCCGAUACGUUACGGAUAAUCCUCUAGGGAAUAAGACACCUAAUUAAGAACAAAAAACUAUUACGUGAUAUUUUUAAUUUUCUAUAAUUAUGUUACCGUUUAAGGUGGAAAAACUUGAAUGAUGUGUUUGAAAAUUAUCAAUGUUUCUUUAAUAUGUAUCUCAAAAUGUUACAAACAAUAAAUUGUUUAUACUGAAAAUCUACAAAAUUAAACUAUUCGUAGUGGCAUCUGCCAUAAUAAAUAGAGAUAUUUUCUGCGAAAACUUGUGUGUUUACUUUAUUUAUUUUUUUGCUCGGAAUUAUUCAUAAAAUGGUAGGCCUAUUUAAUUAUUUUCUUAAAAAAGAAAUAAUUGUUUUAUGUUCGACCUUCUCCGGUCAUCAACGGUCACCAGUUUCCAAAGACCUUCUUCUAUAUUUAUCGAUUACUGUCAACUAUAUUCCUGAUACAAACGUUUAUUUAUCCUCGCCCCCCCCCCCCCAUUGAAAAUAGUUAAAUGAAAUACAUUUAUAUCAUUAAAAACGUUCCCCGCAGGAAACCAUUUUACUUGUUACUACAUUCGGAACUGUCUCGGCUAUAAUCUAUAAUAACCUCGGAAACAAUACGGAUUGAAAGUAGUUCUACCACGUGGUUUCAGAUGUAAACAGAAACAGAGAUAAUGUAAAACGAAUGUAUAUAUUUGACAUCAUAUGUCUGUUCCGGUAUUAUUAUGCUUGAAAAUAUGUCUGAAAACAAUUUGUAAUUUAAAUAUGCCCACUGAUGCUCAAUUUUUAACAAAUCCAACUCAUUGUCAACAGGUUGGUUUUGUGUACUUUCGGUUUCUACAACAAUAAUAAUAAAUAUAUAACUAAUGUAUUGUUAGCUUUUGUACCUAUGAAUUCACUUAUUUUAGGUGGACUUUUACUACAUAUAUUGGAAAUAAACUUGUCAACAACUCCCAGCAUUAAAUUACUAUUUGUUUACAUGUUUAGUUUCUUAGCGUAGGUUAGACCGAAAUACCGCAUCCGUUCUGUGUAUUCAUAUUAUUGUGUUCGAGGUCCUUAUCCGAAGACUGACGGAAAGAUCCAAGUAGUUGCGAUUGUUAUGCCCCCGCCAUGUAAUGGCCGGGGCAUAUAGUGUUACCCUGUUCCGUCCUUCCGUCAUUCCGUCAUUCUGUCAUUCCGUCAUCAUCAGUAUCCGUUCAUUAUCUAAGUAACGGUUGCACAUAUUCAACUUAAAUUUGACAUAUGGAUAUGUCAUGAGAAAAUACAGGUUAAGUUCGAAUUUGGUCAUGGUUCAAUGAUUUUUGGCAGAGUUAUGCCCCUUUUACUUUAAAAUAAUACAAAAUGUAUGACAUUUUCAGUUUCCGUUCAUUAUCUCCCCAAAGGUACAACACAUUCAACUCAAACUUGACAUAUGGAUAUGCCAUGAUAAAAUACAGGUCAAGUUUGAAUUUGGUCAUGGUUCGAUGAUUUUUGGCAGAGUUAUGCCCCUUUUACUUUGAAAAUAAUAUGAAAUUUUCAGUUUCCGUUCAUUAUCUCCCCAACGGUACAACACAUUCAACUCAAAUUUGACAUAUGGAUAUGCCAUGAUAAAAUACAGGUCAAGUUCGAAUUUAGUCAUGGUUUGAUGAUUUUUGGCAGAGUAAUGCCCCUUUUACUUUGAAAAUAAUAUGAAAUUUUCAGUUUCCGUUCAUUAUUUCCCCAACGGUACAACACAUUCAAUUCAAACUUGACAUAUGGAUAUGUCAAAGGGAUGCGCAGGUCAAGUUUAAAUUUGGUCAUGGUUCAAUGAUUUUUGGCAGAGUAAAGCCCCUUUCACUUUGAAAAUAAUAUGAAAUUUACAGUUUCUGUUCAUAAUCUACCCAACAGUGUUACAUAUUCAACACAAAUUUGACAUAUGGAUAUGUCAAAUGAAUGGGCAGGUCAAGUUGGAAUUUGGUCAUGGUUCGAUGAUUUUUUGGCAGAGUUAUGUCCCUUUCACUUUGAAAAUAAUAUAGAUACAUCUUAGGAAUAAGCAGUUUAAGUUUGAAUUUGGUCGUGGUUCAAUGAUUUUAGACAGACUUAUCUUUCUUGAAUGUUUGAAAAUUUUUGGACUUUCAGUUUCAGCACUCAUACUUUUGUGGAAAUGUAUGUAGCCAUUAUUUUGGCUACAAAUAUGAAAUAUGCUAUUUUCAAAAGGUUAAGACAGAAUAAUUUCAGUGCCUUGAACAUUGUAUGGAAAUGGUUUGUGUUAACAUUGAAACGUUUUAAGGGCUUUGAACUUAAAAUGAAAAAAAUAAUUUGUGCAAACAAAUUUGGAACUAAAUAUUAUAACAUCUGAAAUUUUGGCUGCAUGCGGGGGCAUCCGUGGCAUGAUGACACAUUUCUAGUUUUUACUAUUGUGUUCGAGGUCCUCAUCCGAAGUUAGACGGAAAGGGCCGAGAAGUUGCGAUUGGUAAGUGUUCAUUUCCUUGUAUUGUAUCAUGACAAACAUACUUUAGGUUUUAUCAUACUAAAAUUAAGUGGGAGGACACAAUUACGAUCUAAUUCAAGCGGAUCUCAUUUCAACUUCCUUAAUUUACUUCUUAUCUGUGCAUGGAUAUCAGUAUUAUAAUAUGAUAUGGAUAAAAUCAUGUUGUAUAUUCUUUUUCUAUUCCAUGGAUUCAUUUUCGGAGGUGCAGAAAAAGAUCUAACUGAUUGUAGAAAAGGGUCCAAAUAUGAAGCCUGUGUGUGUAAUGAUGUACCGAUUAAUCCUCCGUAUGGCUCUAUUGAGCUUGUGGAUCAGACACGAGGAACGUAUAAAUGUGAGAGAGGCUACACCUUAAAAGUCAAUGCAAUUAUUCGAUGUCUUAAGGGAGGGAAACACUGGUCAAAUUAUUGGAAUGCAUCCGGAAGUGCUUGUGCAUAUAUAGACGACUGUAAUCCCUUUCCAUGUUAUAAUGCAGAUAUGUGCAUUGAUGGAAUUGAGGACUAUACAUGCCUUUGUUUAUCUGGAUAUACAGGCAAAAACUGUUCUGAAAAUAUAACAACAAUGAGUGAAACAACUUCCGGUCACGUCACACAACACACAAGCAACGAUGAUUCAACUGAAAAACAAACAACCAUUUCAAGACAUACGCAAACUUAUACAAAUACCGAGAGUAAACUGUCCACUCUGAGUUAUAGUUCUACAGUUGUGUAUUCUUCGUCAGAGACAGUAACUAUAACUUAUUCAACUCAUGCAGAAGCAAAAUCAUUGUCCUUGAUUGUCCCUGUUACCAUACUAGUUGUACUUUUCGUGUUGGCAGCAUUGGGUCUCAUCGUCUUUUUGUUCAGGCGCAAAAAUAAAAGAAGUAAAGAUACUACGAUUGUAAGAGACAAGGCAUCUGCUCAUACCAUUACAAACAAGUGUUAUGACGUUGACCGGAAGAUAUCAUUUACACAAGGUGUAGAUUCGCAAGAUAGAGUAUAUGCAGAAAUUCAGGAGGAUAAUACAGAAGCAGGGGAUAUAUCAGCGAAUACAUAUCACACAAUAGAUGUGUUACAAGAUAAUGAUAGUAAAGAGAACAACUAUGGUCAACUAAGCAAUAAGACGACCCUGCGUAUGAAUGAUAAUUAUUCCCAUAUCGCUGUUACAGGCAUAAACAGAAACAUCAUCAAUGACUUUACAUAUUCACAAACAUGUAGCAUUCCGCUAUCAGAGGAAGGCAAACAAGUUGUAAACAGUGACGAUGUCUCUUAUAAUAAAUUAUCAUCAGUUGCAAGAUGUAAUACCACUGACAAUGUAAUUGAUGAUAUAAAAGACAGAGAAACUGACUAUGAUCAUGCCCAUUCAGCAUCGUUUAGACGCAUUGGUGAAACAGACACAUAUUCUCAUCUGGGUAGUAGUUAAUGAGACAUCUAUACGCUAGUAUAAAUGAAGUUAUACGUAUAUGUAAAUUUCGUCUGCAACUGAAAAAUUUCAAAUCCACAAUUUUGGAAAUUACUAUAUGCAGCAAUUGAAACGGUAAAGAAAUAAUUAAGGGAAUAUUUGCAACAAUUCUAAAACAAAUUCAGUUUGCAAUUCUGUUUAUGAAUGGGAUUUGCUUAUCAGUGAAAAUACAAAUAAAUACACUUGUACUCAAUAUUGGCUUAAACAAAAUUUGUAAACUCAAAAUGCAUUGUUCACGCUUAAAGUAAGUAUAAUUGUAGAAUAUAACGUUUUUAAACAUAUCAACAAUGAGUACAGUAAGACGUCAUGUACCGCUUCAAGUAUGUCAGGGUGAUUGUUCUAAAUGAAUAUCUAUACAUUUACUUAUCAACUUAUCAAACAGAUAACAUUUUUCCUUAUCAUCAGUUUGCAUAGACUCUUCUUUUCGUGUGUUAAAACAUGAAAUGCAAUACUUACCACGUUUUACAAAAACAUUUUAAAUAUAGAAAAAUAAAAUAAAUUUCUUAGUAUUUUUUUCUCUAAAGACUUAUUACAUGUACCAAUAGUAACUAAAAUGUAUUCGCUGUCUUCUGGGGCAAAUAUAACGGCAUAGAAUAAACAAACUCCAUCAGCGAGAUAGCAUGACGCCGCCCCAUGAAAUCGUCCCA